AUGAAGAACAAUAACGUUCCGCAGCACGAGAUCGCUGAUCUUGGGCAGCAGCAACACCACCAGCAGCAGCAACAGCAACAGCAUCAUGACCCCAGCCAGAUACAAAUCACUGACCUGCGGCAUCACUCUUUGAACGAGAUCCUAAAGAACAACAUGGAGAUCAUGAAGCCGUCCGAGCUGCACGGCCUGCACCACGGCUACGACGACCAUCAGGGAUCGAUGGAUUGCAGCGAGCUGGUCGGCGAAUCAUCGUCGAUGGGCGGCCCGGCGAGUGACAACAACAAUAACCACCACCAGCACCCCCACCACCUCCACCAGCACCAACAACUGCAGCAUCAACAGCACCGCCGAAGCGAUAGCAACAACAACAACCACGGUGUCACCCGGGGCAGCAUCGCUCACGGUGGCAGUCACGCACCGCCCCCGGGCACCCCGGCUAGCACCACCGCCACCCCCGGCCCCAACGCCAACCACGACGGCGACGAUGACCUGAGCAAAAGCCAAUUGAUAUUGAUUGAUGAUGAGCGCAGUUCCCUGCACGGCGAUGACGACACACUCACACCGUCCCUGCAAUCACAGCUGGAGCGGCUCACUAGUCAUGGAGGCAUAGGGCUGACGAGCGGAAGUCCUGCAUACAGUGCGCACACCGGGGGACACACGGGGAGAAACGGACCAGCGAGCGGACACAGCGGUAGCCACGGCGGUUCACACGGUCCCGGCCCAACCAUGCAUCACCAGACGCUCCAGUCCGACUUCCAGCCGCCCUACUUCCCGCCACCGUUUCACCACACCACCCAAAGCCCCCCGCAGCAACAGAACCACGGUCUGGAUUAUCUAAGUACGGAUCCGUACGGGCAGCCGCUGUCCUCGCUGCACCAUGCACCCCUGCACCACUACAACCAGCUGGCCGGGCUGAGACCCUCCCAGGAGCAGCUAGGACUUCACCGAUCUCACCGAGAAUCCGAACUGCAGCAGCAUGUGACGCAACUGUCACACGGGUUUCCGUACUCGGACCGGCGUAGCGACUACAGUGGCUCGAUCGGCUCCGGUGCCGGUGCAACACGGCUAGGAGCGCACGAACAUGACCCACUCACACUGCACCAGGCCCUCCAGAGUGCCGUCGACGAUGGCCAAAAUCCGGUGAUAGACGAAAACGCUGGCUUCAUGAGCGAUCUGCCGCUGCUGAAGAACUUCCCCAUCACCGACAUCAAAAAGGACAGCAGCCAAAUCAACAUCGGUUCACCGAGCGACGUGUUCUGUUCAGUUCCUGGGCGACUCAGCCUCCUGUCGAGCACCUCAAAAUACAAAGUGACGGUAGCGGAAGUCCAACGCCGACUGUCACCGCCCGAGUGUCUGAACGCGUCGCUGCUCGGCGGUGUUCUGAGACGAGCGAAGAGUAAAAACGGUGGCCGCCUGUUGAGGGAAAAGUUGGAAAAGAUCGGUCUCAACCUGCCGGCCGGGCGGCGUAAGGCGGCGAACGUUACCCUGCUGACGUCACUGGUCGAGGGUGAGGCGAUCCAUCUGGCCCGCGACUUUGGCUACGUGUGCGAAACCGAGUUCCCGGCCCGCCAGGUGGCCGAAUAUCUGUCCCGCCAGUACUCGGAGCCGCAGGAGUCGUACCGGAGGAAGGAACUGCUGCUCAACACCAAACAGGUCACCAAGGAGCUAAUGGACCUGCUGAACCAAGAUCGAUCGCCACUUUGCAAUACUAGACCACAACAUAUCCUAGAUCCGUCGAUACAGCGGCAUCUGACGCACUUCUCGCUGAUCUCACACGGCUUCGGGUCUCCGGCCAUCGUAGCCGCGCUAACUGCAAUUCAGAACUACUUGAACGAGUCCAUCAAACACCUGGACAAGAUGUAUCCGGGGAAUGGCGGCAGCAUGGUCACGUCGUCGCUAGACAAGAACAAAAUGGACAGCGAUAAGAAAUGA